AUGAAAACUUACAUAAUAAUCUUUGUUGCAGUUUAUGCUGUAUCUGCUGGAUAUAUCAGCAACAGACCUUGGGCCAGGAUUGAAAAUUUUAAUUCGGGCCGUAUAGUAGGUGGUCAAGAUGUCGACAUUGAAGAUUAUGGUUGGCAAAUAUCUUUCGAACAAUAUGGGCAGCACUUUUGUGGUGGAUCAAUUAUGACUAAGAGUAUAAUUCUCUCAGCGGCACAUUGCUUUGAUAGGAAAGUUGAGCCUGAUGACGUUAAGAUUAGAGCUGGCAGUAGUGAGAUAUAUAAUGGAGGAGUCCUAGUACAGGUAGACAGAUGGGUAAUUCACCCAGAUUAUGACAGUAAGGAACAAGAUAGAGAUGUCGCAAUAGUCUUUUUGGAAACACCAUUGGAGUUGAAUGGCGGUUCAAUUCGUACCAUCAAUGUUAUUGGCAGAAAUGUUAAAGUGCCGAAUAAUGCAAAUCUCACCGUUACCGGAUGGGGAUACCUUCAAGAAGAAGUUCACGACGUUUCCGAAACUCUGAAAGGAGUUUCUGUGCCAAAGAUUGACUUCUCUUUGUGUAAACUACUUUAUUCAACGCGCUAUUUACUAACAGAUAAUAUGCUUUGUGCUGGUUUUCUCAAUGGAGAAAAAGAUUCAUGUCAAGGAGAUAGUGGGGGACCACUUGUUGAUGACACCAACACCCUCGUAGGAAUUGUAUCCUGGGGUGAUGGUUGUGCCAGACCUGUUAGUCCUGGAGUAUAUACCCAACUUUCAUCCCCAAUAGUCAGAGAUUUCAUAACAAACCAAACAGGAGUUUAA